AUGUAAAACAAAGUAAUAGGGAUGACUAAGUCAGCAAACAUUAGUCGUUAAUCAUCUAUAUCAUCUCAAAAAUCCAACUCAGAAAAAAAACAACAAAUUCAUUCUUAUAUAUCAUUAUCUCCUCGUUUUGAUCCAGAGAAAGGUUUGGCUUUUGAAAAUUGCAUUAAAGAAGUGAAAAUAAAAAAUGAAGAAACAGAAGAACCUUAAUAACAGGCUUAAGGCUAUUAAAAAAUAGGAAAGAUUAAAAAAUAAUCAAGCUUCACCUAAAAAAUAAUAAAGGAUGAAUAAAUGAAAAAAAGCUAAUUCAGUAGAAUUUAAAGAGCAGAUAGCUUAAAUCCUUAGAAAAAUUAAUGA